AUGAGCACUGCUGCCCCAGCCUUCGAAGGACUAGCAAAGUCCACUUCUUACAAGCCACCUGCAACAGCGGAUUUUAGACCAGCUUAUAAACAUAAUAUAUCUGAAAAAGGCCGCACUGUUGAAGACGAUCACCCAGCUGAAGAAGAACCAUUGGAGUGCUUGGUCUAUUAUCUCUUGUCACAUUCCAUCUUUCGGCUGGCUCGAAAGCCACUGAUCAGCUACCUUCGAGACCAAGCCACCAUCAAGCCUAUUCGCCAAAGUCCGUCGCUUGAGAUCAUCACCGACCUACCUUCAAUGCUCUUCGGUAGCCUUCCGUUGUUAAUAUCGAUAUGGGCAUUGACUAGCUACUGUUGGAUCCCUUUAUGCGGACUGAUGAUAUGGGAACGUACGGGCUCUGAUGUCGUGUAUAAAUGCCUGUCAUGGAUCCUGAAAGGGUUUGGGAUUGUGAUGAAUUUUAUGGGAAGAACAUAUGAGGCCAUCACUACGAUGAAAACUUCUACAGUCAUAUCAAACGGAGCUCGACGGGGUUUACAGUGGGUAGACGGCCAGAUGGAUGACGAUGGACCGCUCGGGAGUCUUUUAUAUCCCCAUUAUGAGGCCUCCUAG